AUGUGUCCCGGAAAGACAAAAAGCGGAAAAGGCGUUGUUCAAACGGAGACUGGUGGACCAAAAAAGAAGCAAAAUAUACGCAAAUUUUUUUUUCAAAUCAAACAGAGCGUUGGUUUGGUCGAAAAGACGGAAAUUUCGAAAAAUUUUUCUGAUUCACUGGUGCAUCUCGAUAACUACAAGAUAUGUCUCGAUACACUCGCUGAAGCCGUUUGCUGUGCAAUUCAAGAAAAUCCGAAGUAUCGCAAAGAGGACUAUAAGAUGCAUUUGCUGCCACCUGAUGGAGAGGAGGAGAACGAAUUGGUUGCGUCGUGUUUAAAAAAUAGCCAUGGUUUAGACGAUUAUAAGAAUCAGAAGAAUCAGAUUGAUUUGUAUGAAAAGCGAGGAAAGGAGCGUCGUGAAUACAUAAGAAGAGCUAGACGUACAGUGCAGAAUAUACGUGCAUUCAUACAGAAUGAUUAUUGGGUUAUAGGCGUACAACGUACAGAGUUGGAUACGCUUCGAAGAGAAAUGGAUUUUGCAAAGUCGGAGCUGGAGGCGGAGAAAGAUGAACAACUGAUUGCCGUCAAAGAUCACCUCUACAAAAUGGCUGUGUCUGCCUACGAAAAUAAGCUCAAGCAGCUGACGGCGAUGUUGAACGAGUUGCCAAGCAACAAAGCCUGCCAUGUAGCAGAUCUUGAGGAGUGGAUCCGUUGCACCAGGAAAUACCACGAGCAAAUGGCUCUUCUUAGCGCUGAAGGUGGAAAAGGAUAA